AUGUCGCCGCGACGCUCAUCGCGGGCCCGUACCACCCAGCCCCCGCCCAGUGGCGCAUCACACAGCAACUCGUCGUCUUCCGUCUCAUCAGCGCGUACCGAGCGUGCGUCACGAACAAACACCAAACAGACGUCACCACCAAAGUCGUCGACUCCACACUCGCUCUCCUCGGAAGAGCCCGAGGAGCCCUCUCACGAUGCACUGCCCGAGCCGCCCUUGACACGCCGCCGAACACGCGAACACGACAAUGACGAGGACGAGCCCACCAAGCUCGACGACGAGCUCGAAGACGACAUAGCAGAAGAAGAUGAAGUCACCCGAUGCGUCUGUGGCUAUCAAGAUUAUCCGGGUCUGCCAUCCGAUUCACUCAAGGCUGGCAUGUCUCUAGCUGAUUUAGAGGCGCAAGCUGACGAGCUCGGCGGUCUUUUCAUCCAAUGCGAUGUCUGCAAGGUAUGGCAACACGGCGGAUGCGUGGGCAUCAUGGACGAAGCUGCCAGCCCAGACGAAUACUUUUGCGAAGAGUGCAGAAAGGACCUCCACAAGGUUUCGACAAGUCCAAAAGGUCAAAAAUACUCCCGCUACCUCCCCGUCUACGACCAGCAACAUGGCAAGCAUCGCAAGUCGUCAGUCUCCAAAGAAUCCGAGGGCAACUCGGCCAAGGACAAGGAUCGCAACAACAGAGCGAGCGUGGAUUCCUUUGGGAAGCGUAGGUCGACUAUGAACAGUCGAGCCGCGUAUGACGAAGAUGAGGUGCUACGAAAGGUACUCGAAGAAAGCAGACACGAGGGUGGCACAACUUCGGAGACUGGAAACCGGAAGAAGCGAAGUCGCGGCGAUAGCGAAGAAACAAAGCCAGAAAUCAAACGACAGCGCACAGGUUCGCGCUCUCCAAGCAAUUCGCCAGUCCUGGAGUCCGAAGACGACAGCACAAAAGCUUCAGCGCCAAAACAGAAGCCACGCGGAGCUGCAGCAAAGAGCCAGCGGGAAAAGGAACAGCGUGACAAGGAGCGCGAAAACCAACGCAACGAAGCCGCAAAUAGGCGCAAAGGGCGCGCCGAGCGAAGAAAGGGCGAUGAACCCGAAGAUUCAGAGCCCACACCCACACCCGCCGCUGAAGAACCUGCGAUGCUUCCACAAGCGACCGAAGCUACGCCGCCCGAGCCGCCUGCUGCUGAACCUAAACCUGUGCCUGCCCCACGAAGAGGCGGUCGCCCUCCCCAAAAGGCCCGUGGCCGGCUUGGGCGGAACCAAUAUUCGAGAGACACCGUCCCUGCUACUAACGGUACUUCGCCCAAAAACGAUGUGGCUCAAUCACCACAGGCAACCACCACGAACGGUGCGAGCAAUGGCCACGAUAGCAGCGACGGUGCGGCGGGCAACAAACCCACCAAGACGAAGAAUUGGCGCCUGCAAAAGCUCUCUUGGAAUGACAUACGAAGGCCAGCAGGAGCUAUGCAGAGCUACAUUGCGCAGCGACAGGUCGAGAUGGCCACAGCCGAAAAACAUGUUAGCCUUGCGCCUGCUGUACAACUCACAACUGCCGCAACCAACGGCGAUGGCAAAGACGAUGACGCAGAUCUGGCCAAGUUCAAGGACCUCAGCACAACUCAGAUGAUGGACUUUUUGAGCCGAGACCUCGUACACUGGCAACAGAUGAUAUCCGAACCCAUGGACAAGUCACCGAGACCAUGA